AUGAAAUAUAUCGAUACAACUUUGCUAGUAGCUUUUUUAGCUCUUUCUAAUGCAGCACCUUCAAAAAAGCGUAAUGAAACAAUUAAUUCUAAUGAAAGCUUCUUGAUUUUUGGAACUUCUAAUCAAUAUUCAACAAGUCCUCCAUUUUACCCAUCACCAUUGGGGGGAAGAAUUGAAAAUGUUUGGCUGGAUGCAUAUAGUCAAGCCAGAGAAAUUGUUGAAACGCUUAAUAUUGCGGAGAAAGUUAAUAUUACUACUGGAAUUGGGAUGGCUUGGAGUCCCUGUGGUGGCAGUACAGGCUCACUUAAUGGAAAAGGCCUUGAAUCCAACAUAGGUUUCUGUGGAAAUGAUGGACCAUUAGGUUUGCGAGGAGCUGAUUUUGACUCAGCUUAUCCUGCCGCUUUGACUGUUGCAUCCUCAUUCAAUAGACAAUUAAUAUAUGACCGUGCUGAUGCAAUUGGUUAUGAGUUCAAGUCAAAAGGCGUUGAUUUUUUUUUGGGGCCUGUUAGUGGCCCAAUUGGCUACAAAGCGCUUGCUGGUAGAGGCUGGGAAGGCUUUGGUGCCGAUCCAUAUUUGCAGGGUGAAGCAAUGAAGUAUACAGUCGAAGGAAUUCAGAAAAAUAAAGUAGUUGCGGUCAGUAAGCAUUUUAUUGGAAAUGAACAAGACACUUAUCGCUUUGAAUUAGAAGUGAAAGAAGAUGGAUCCAAUACUACUGCUGCCAUUUCAUCUAACAUUGAUGAUAGAAGUAUGCAUGAAAUCUAUCUUUGGCCAUUUGCUGAGGCAGUUAAGGCAGGUACAGGCUCUAUUAUGUGCUCAUAUAAUAGAAUUAAUGGUUCUGCUGGUUGUGCCAACUCGUAUACAUUAAACAAUUUAUUAAAAACAGAGUUGGGAUUCCAAGGUUUUGUUAUGAGUGAUUGGUACGCAACUAAAAGCGGUGUUUCCUCUGCUUUGUCUGGGUUGGAUAUGAAUAUGCCAGGAGAUAAUAUGAUAAGUGAAGGCUCUUAUUUUGGUGGUAAUCUUACUCAAGCUGUUUUAAAUGGAACUAUUCCCGAAGAUAAAUUAAAUGACAUGGCCACAAGGAUAUUAGCUUCAUAUUUCGUUGUUGAUGGUAACCACACCGGUCCAAAUUUUCAGAUCAAUAGCAAGAAAACUUAUGACCAUGAAUAUAUCAAUUCGAAGACUGGCAAGGGUUUUGGAGAAAUUGUAAUGGUUAAUGAGCAUGUAGAUCCAAGAAAUGAUUUCACUGACAAAAUUGCUUAUCAAAGUGCAGUGGAAGGAAUUGUUUUGCUUAAAAAUGAACACAAUAUUUUACCCUUGAAAAACUAUACGAAGAUUGCAAUUUUGGGUGAGGCUGCCGGCAUUUCACCUGAUGGAUUUAAUUGCAAGUUUGGUAGUUGCAUAGGUGGUGCACCACCUUCAGGAUAUGGUUCCGGUGCUGGUUCACCUUCUAAAUUUAUUUCGCCGGUCGACGCUCUUGGGGAAAGAUGUCGAAACGAAAAUAUUCAAUAUGACUUUGUAAGCUCAAGUUGGGAUUUAAGUAAUUCUAUGGACAGAUCUGAGCUGGCUCAAGCCGUUAUUGUUUUUGCAGCUUCCAUUGCAGGAGAAGCGGUUGCUAUAGUUGACGGUAAUAAUGGUGAUAGAAAUAAUGCUUCCUUGUGGUACAAUGCAGAUGAAUUAAUUAAGAAUACCACUGCUUAUAACAACAACACAAUUGUAGUUGUUACUACUCCAGGGUCUGUUAAUAUUGAAUCAUUUGUUGAAAAUGAAAAUGUCACAGCUAUAUUAAUGUCUUCGUACCUAGGCCAAGAAGCUGGGUCAGCAAUUACAAAUGUAUUAUUUGGUGAUUAUAACCCAUCUGGUAGAAUUCCAUUCACCAUUGCAAAAGAUGAUCUGGAAUAUGUUCCAGUUAUAUAUAAUACUACUUUGGAUGAACCUCAAGAUGAGUUUACUCGCUCAAUAUUUUUAGAUUAUAGGUACUACGACUAUUACAAUAUUACCCCAAGAUAUGAAUUUGGUUAUGGUCUUUCCUAUUCGAAUUUUACCUUUGGUAACCUUACAAUUUCAGAAGUAAAUGUACCUUCCAAGGAUUUACUUUCUGAAUCACCUUAUUUGCCAGCUUACAAUUUUUCUUCUGAUAACUUAGAUCCAAAUGAGUAUACGUUCCCAGAAGGAUUCAAUAAACUUGAAGGAUAUAUUUAUCCAUACAUUGACAGUAUUGAAGUCAAUACCACCAAAGAAUUUAGCUAUCCAGAAGGAUAUUCUACUGAUCAAUUAGCAAGUCCACCAAUUGCAGGAGGUAGUUUAGGUGGUAAUAAGCAAUUAUGGGAUGUUGCAUAUCAUGUCGAAGCUGAAUUAACAAACAAUGGUCCUUAUGAUGGUUCUUAUGUUGCACAGUUGUACGUGGGAAUCCCAUCUACCGAUAAGUUCCCAAACGCCCCUGUUCAAUUAAGAGGAUUCGAUAAACUUUCGUUAAAUGCCAAAGAAAGUGGAACGGUUGAAUUUGAUAUUACAAGGAAAGAUUUAUCUGUUUGGGAUGUAAUGACUCAGUCUUGGAUCGUGCAGCAUGGAUCAUAUAACCUUUAUGUGGGAUCUAGCUCAAGAAAUCUAGAAUUGGUUGACACUAUUAAUAUUUCUUGA